CAGAGUGGGCAUUAUGGCGCUUGGUUUACGGGCGCAAAUGAAUGUGCAUAAAAAACGUAUUGUUUUCACGCCAUUUAAACACCCACCACUAUUCCUACAUCUUGCACAUCACAUUAUUGCUGUGUUCAUGAGCCAAUAAAGCAAUCAGAGCUUAGCUCAGCACAUUCUGGGCCGCAUGGCAGACGCGUAACUGGAUUAGGGUUGCCAGAUUGAGCAGACUGUUUCCUAACACCGUUUUUGCAUGAAUUGUGUAGUGGCGCUGAUGAGCAAUCUGUUUUUCCAUUGUGCAUAAUUUGCUAAAGUGUUCAUUUGCACAGGAGGGAAUGCAGCAAUGAGACAUCCAUCAGGCUCAGAAGAAGCUGCGCAUGAGUCACUUGUAGGAUGCGUCCUGAGAUCAUGGCUGAUUUGGAGCUGAACGCAAAGAUCAGUGUGACGUAACGCAGCCCUAAAGCAAUGCUGUGCGGCUUCUCGAGCCUUUCUGAACUCUGCUGAGAGAAUGAGGCAAGCUGUGAGCGCCACACUCUCGGUGUGGGGUGAGAGGCGCUUGGGGUACACCACUCUAAACGACUCCAGGGAGGCGCUGCUGGAGGACAGCUGCCUGAUGCCUGGGCUUAAAGAGGACUCUGUUGUGGAAGAGAAGGAGCUGGCAGACGGCGAGCAGGAUGAACAGGAGGCAGUUGUGGGAUCCUCACCGUCCACACCUCCAGCAGUGACUCAGAGUGAUGGAGCUACACCUGAAAAUCUGGAGGCAAACACGCUGUCAUCUGCGCUCAGAUCAGAAUCGAAUUCAGGUCGUCGAGGCAGUGUGAACAUAAACGUUCAUGAGAAUGGAUCCACUACAGUGAGAAGGGGCUCUCUUGGUGCUCUACUUGUGCAGCGUUGCAGUUCUCUAGGCUCCACAGCCCCACAGUGGGUCCCAGAUUCUCAGGCACCUGUGUGUAUGAAAUGUGGCUCCAGAUUCUCCUUUACAAAGAGGAGGCACCACUGCAGAGCCUGCGGGAAGGUGUUCUGUGUGGUCUGCUGUGACUUAAGAUUCAGAUUGACUCACCUGGGUGGAAAAGAGGGUCGGGUCUGUGUCACCUGUCACGCUACUCUCAUUAACAAGACCCUUCGUAAGGAACAAAAGAAAGUAUGGUUUGCUGACAGCGUUUUAUCCAAAAACGAGACAUCUAGUGCCAACAAUACUCCGACCCACAGAGAUUCAAUGCAGACAAAUGCACCUGCAGCAGCUCAUGUAUCUGCAGACCAGACUGAUAUGCCAAACUCUCCUUGUUUGGAGCAUCAGGAAGUGGUUAACAGUCCUAAAGGGAGCUCAGCUAAGCCCUUACCACAUAAAGGGCUUCCCCCUAUCCUCACCUCUACAGGUGUUAAAGGAGAUUACACAGUGGAGGAAAAGCGAACAGAAACUUCGUUGUUAGAGGAGCUUGAGCAAGGUCAAACCGAGCCUCUGGUAUUCGUCCUCAACGCCAACCUUCUGGCCAUGGUGAAGAUCGUCAGCUAUGUAAACCGGAGGUGCUGGUGUGUGACAUCUAAAGGUAUGCAUGCAGUGGGUCAGCCAGAGGUGGUGGUGCUUUUACAGUGUUUACCAGAGGAGAAGCGAUUCCCUACAGACAUCUUCAAUCACUUUAUUCAAAUCUACUGGGAUGCCCAGACAGCGGGAAAGCUCUUGAAUCAUCUGAGUCAUUCUUUGGCUGCACGUGGCUUUCUAGACAGUGAGGAGCAUGCUGGUUUUCUCUAUGUGCGUCCCACGUUACAGUCGUUGGACGGCCUGCCGCUGCCCCCCCAGCCCUUUCUGUUUGGCCUGCUCAUUCUUCGGGCUGAGAGUCCUUGGGCCAGGGCCUUCCCCCUGCGACUCAUGCUACGUUUGGGAGCUGAGUAUAGAUUCUAUCCCUGUCCUCUGUUCAGUGUACGAUUCAGAGAGCCACUGUUUGGUCAGAUCAACAACAGCAUUAUGAGGCUCCUUGUGGACUUCCGCUUUUACCGUUACACAUUGCCAGUAGUUACGGGGCUCAUGGUUGAUUUGGAGGCACGGAGCACAUGCAUCACAAUCCCAAAAAGCCGUCACGCUGAGCUUCUGAAGGUGCUGAGUAAGUCGAACGAGAAACUGCUGGCGAUGGGCGCUUGCUUUAAUGAGCGUGCCGACUCCCACCUCAUCUGUGUGCAGACUGCGGAUGGACAGUACCAGACUCAGGCAAUCAGCAUCCAUAGCCAGCCUCGCAGAAUUACAGGCUCCUGUUUUUUCGUGUUCAGUGGUGCACUGAAGGCUUCAUCAGGAUAUCUGGCCAAAUCCAGCAUAGUUGAAGAUGGAUUGUUAGUCCAAGUGACCAUGGAAACCAUGCUGGAGCUACGGCGAGCUCUUCGAGACAUGAGAGACUUCACUUUGACCUGCGGAAAACUCCACCAAUCUGAACGACAGGAAUACGUACACAUUCGGUGGCAGGAUGAAGAGCCGCAUUUCAAUAAGGGCAUAAUCAGUCCUAUUGAUGGGAAAUCUAUGGAAUCCAUCACUUGUAUAAAAGCGCACCAGAGAUUAGAGUAUCGAGCGAGUGGGAAGGUCAUACGCUGGACAGAGGUAUUCUUCCUUCAGAGGGAGGAGCCAUGUAAUGGCCCCAACAGUUACGCCCAUCAUAACCGUCUGACGGAGCGACUGGCACGAGCGUUCUGCUUGGCACUGUGCAAUUCUCUGAGCCUGCUAAAAGAGGAUGGUAUGACCAAAUUAGCACUGCGGGUCACCCUGGAUGGACAGAAGAUGGAGUUCCUGGCAGGCAGUAAUGGUCAGCCGCUGCCACUGCAUUACCAGGACAGUCUGAACCAGUCCCUAAGUGCAGUUGUACAAAGUGUGUGCCAGCGUCACGGACACACAGCUCUUCAGCUAGAGCUCAUUUUUUACAUCCUGGAGGACAUCGCGUAGACGUCACCUUCUAAAAUCCAGAUCAUAAAGCAACAUGCUGCUCCUCUGUGUCACAGACCCAGUCUAAUCCGCCUUUCACAUACAUUUUCAGAGACUGGAAAGAAUAAAUGACAGCGCGUAUAUGACCUGUGUUUGUAGAAAAUAACCCAGAUUUAUCUGAUUUAGCUCUUUGUAACGGUUCCAUAGACUCAAGCAGAUAGAUUUGGUCCUGACUGAGCCAUGUUGAAAAUUUCCGCUGGUCGCUGUGCAGCUGCUUUGUAGAAAAAUGGUGUUGCUGAGCAUGCGAUUCAGCCUAUGCCAAACCCAUCCUACAGUCCACUAGUCAGAAAUCGUAUAUAUAGUAUAUACGAUUUCUGAAUAGUGGACUGUAGGAUGGGUUUGGUGUAGGAGGGGUCCAUGAUCAGAGGAAACACAACCACUUUCACUGAAUGGAUAGAAUUCAUUCGCAUGACUUCCUUUUGCUUUCAGUCUUCCUUAGAUCAAAGUACAGUAGAAAUAUUUUACUAUAUAUCUCUUUUGGUGAUCCAGAUACUAAUUUGCAGAUAUACAGAUUCCUUCCUUCAGUGCGUCACCGUAUAAAUUCCAUUAUCUCCCACAGCUAUACAAACAACAGGUUUCACUUCCUCCCAGGUGGUGACCUUUGUCCUACAUUGUCCUGCACUGGAACACUGAAUGUACGAAGAGCCAUAGAGGAACUCUUUUACAGCCAUUCUGUAGACUUUUCUCUUCCACUGAAUGUACCGUCAACCGUUUCCGUCUUUUGCUCUCUCUCUCAAUCUUACUAUCAAUCUCUGUCUGUUUCUCUCCCAAACACAUUCUUUCUCUGUCACAGACACACUCACACUCUCGCUCACACACUAUCCCUUAUACACCUUCUCUGUCUCACAUACUGUACACACUCACUGUAUCUACACUGUCUCAUACACAUUCCUUCUCUCGCUCACACACACUAUCCCUCAUACACCCUGUCUGUCUCACACACUCACACUUUCUCCACUGUCUCAUAUACACAAUCUCUCUUUCCUUCUCUCUCGCUCACACACCCUCUCUCUGUCACCUCCACUCUCUCACACACACUCACUCUCUCUCUACUGUCUCAUACACGUUCUCUCUCUCACACACACUAUCCAUCUCAUACACCCUCUAUUACCUCCACUCACACACUUUUUCUCACACACACUCUCUACACUCAGUCUCAUAUACAUGCACACUCUCGCUCACACACACUAUCAACUCUCUUUACUCGCCGUUUCACACACACAUGCACGCACACUCUCUCCCCUACACGCUCCCCUUCACACACACACACAUUCAUACAUACACAUACUCUGUCUCACAUACACUAUCGAUCUCAUACUCUCUAUACACUCCAUACUCUUUACACACUCUCACUAAUCUCAUAAAUGCACACACUUUCUAACUCGUACUCCGUCUCACACACACUCUCACUUUCUCUCACACACACAGACCUGUUUGUUGAAAUAUCAGCCACGUGCCCGAGUCUCCACGGAUCCUUUCAGUGAAUGAGAAGAGAAUGGAGAUCUUGUUGUCAUCCUACAUGUUUAGCAUAACUGAGAUUACUGAAGCAUCUGAAAGCAUGCGGUGGUGACACUCUGAAACAAUGAGAUGUUUCUCAACCAACUAAUUUGAAAGCACCAGCCAUUAUACCAUACCAGCUCGGUCUGCUCUUAACAAGUGCAACUAACGCUACCCUUCAACACCGUGUCAAAUUAAUUGUGAAAAUAUGUACAUAAUGUUUGAGGACAUGUAAAGAAAGUCUUGUAAGAUGUUAUGCAAAAUAAUAAUAAUAAUAAUAAUAAUAAUAAUAAUAAAAAAGAAGAAUCCUGAAACACCA